AACCAAUACUGUGUCCCCAUAUCCGUCUGGGAUAUCAUUCCAGCUUCGUUAUCGACAAAAACCUGAGAGUACACGCAUAUACGCAUAGAGAUGGGGAUGGACGUGGGUGGAAUGAAUGUGGGUGGAAUGGACAUGGGGAAGUAUUGUCGGUGGCAUGGAAUAAAGAUGCCGUACGGGAAUGGACGCAUCUGGGCUAGAUGGGCAUGCAUGGCCAUGCUGGGCGAUGAUGGCACCGGUGUCACCCUCGUUCUCAAGAUUGGCGGCUUCGUUGGGGAUGCAGUAAUGGGCUUGACGGCUUGUGGAGGAACUUCUCGGGGUGUGGGGAGGCAGGAUGAAGUGGCGAAGAGAGGACAGCAUAGUAAUGAAGUCGGGUUGGCAUGGAUGAACUGCGCGUCUAUUAUCAGAUCUUUUGUGACAGCCACCAGCAAAACCAUUCAACCCCCAAUCUUUUAUGUUUCCAGUGUGGGGGAGCUUGUCCAUCCUCCGCACUCACAACCGUAUCUAUGCCAACGCCAAGAGGUAUCUCAUAACAAGGGAAAAGAGCCACCGAAGCGGUAAACAAACAAAGUGUACAAAAAGAGGUCGCUCGUCA